GCUCCAGGAUCUAAGCUUAGGAGGGAGAUUCCAGUACUGAAAAGGGCAGGGAGUAAGGAGGGGGUGUCUGCCCCUUCCAUGGGCGGAGGCCCCCCUUACCGCAUUCCUUGUCUUCCUUUGGGGUCUCUUGAACACCCACUGCCCUGCGCUGUCGUCCCAGUGCAGGACCUACGGUUAGAGUGGCAGUCCCGAGAGAAAGGAUGCGCGGACAGGUUGCUAUGGCAACCGGGUGGCUGGUCUAGCACAGUGGUGGUAGCAGACGGGAAGAGAUGUGAUUUGAAAACUGCCAGAGAGGUCUGGAAGACCCUGAUGAUUUCAGGACCCUCAUGUGGGCCAGCACUCUUCUAUGAUGUUUGUUUCCUGAAAUCCCUGACAGGCAGGUUCAGAGUUCCCGAGGAACCAGACCCAUUUUUCUAUGACUACGCCACAGUGCAGACCGUGGGCAUGGUCCUGGCUACCGUAAUGUUCCUUCUGGGCGUCAUCAUCAUCGUCAGCAAGAAGGUGAAGUGCAGGAAGGCUGACUCCAGGUCUGAGAG